UGGGCGCCGCGCCGAGAAUAGUUCCCGCAGCAGCCUCAGAGCAGCACCAGCGGCCGGUCCCGGCGCGGACGAUGCGGCUGCGGCGACCGCGGCGCCCCGACCAAGCAGCGCGCACAGGCAGCGGGGCCCAGCCUUUGCGAGCCGCGGCGGCGAGGAGUCCCUUUCGCCGGAGAGCUGCGGCGGCGGCGGCGGCGGCGAAGAGAAGGCGGCGGCGGCGGCCGAGCCUCGGCCUUGAGCGGCCCCGCCGCGUCCCCCAGCCGGCCUCGCAGCUCCGGGCGGGGAAGACAGCCUGCCGACGCCCAGUCACCCCCGGCGAACCCCAACACAGCAGCCCUCCCCUGGCCCCCCACGCAAUGGGAGGCAACUCCAGUGGGUCUCGGUUGUAGGAUGGUAGCACACAGCAGCGUAACGCCUGAGCAUGGAAUUGCAGCGGGGCUGAGAGGCCGGCUUCAGCCCCCCAUCCGGGCCGCUCUGCAGGUCCGGCCUCCCCACGGCACAGUGCAAGCGCCGCGGGACACCCACUUCCACACCUUCCGCUCACAGGAGGACUUUGGCAUCAUCGUCCGCACCAUCACCUUGCUGGAGGAGUGUGGCUUUUACUGGGGUCCGCUGUCAGUCAGCGCUGCUCACGAGAAACUGAAGGACGAGCUGGUGGGGACCUUCCUUCUCCGCGACAGCCGGCAAAAGAAUUGCUUCUUCAGCGUUAGCGUUAAGACGGCCACUGGGCCUACCAGCGUCCGGGUCCUCUUCCAGGCCGGUCACUUCAGCCUGGAGGGCAGCAAAGAGGUCUUUGACUGCCUCUUCAAACUGCUGGAACAUUACGUCAACUCACCUCGGAAGGUCCUGGUGGCCCCACUACACAAGGAGCGCCUGCGGUCACUGCAGGAUCUCUGCCGCAGAAACAUUGUGGCGACUUUUGGGAGGGAGAAUUUGCCACACAUCCCGCUCAACCCAGUCCUGAAGGCUUACCUGGAGUCCUUCCCCUUUAAAUUGUGAGGGGGGGGAGCAUUACAUCAGUGGAUACACUGGAGACCAGGAAGAGGAGGAGGAGGGGUCCCGGUGCUGGCAGUGGUGCCUUGCGGGUGUGCAAUCCAGGAAGCCAGUUGUGCCCUGGGAGUUGUGGGAGAAACGGAGUCCCUGCGGUGGCAAAUCACAGGUGGCGCAGAGGCUCCCUGUGGCGCUGGGCAUUGUGUCGCUCUGGAAAGAUGUGAAGGAGACCUCUGGCUGGAUUGUUAUACAAGCCCAGGCACCAACAUGAGCACAUCUCAAUUCUGUAGCAGUUCCACUGAAUUCAAACACUUGACUACCAAUGUUUACACACUUGAACUGUUUGCACAAACUGAGGCCCUCGGAAGCCUUGCCAGUCAUUUUCUGCUAUGCAGAAACAUUUUUGUUACUUUAUAUCUAUUUUUUCUAAAAUUUAAUAAUAAACCUUAUUAUAAAGGUUCUUUUUCUAAGGAAAAAAACACGCUUUCUCUGGUCUUUGUGUACUGGGAUUCAGAGGAGUUGGUGAUGGGAAAAAAGCAAAGAGGGUGGAUGGAUCCCCCACUAAACUCCCCACCUGGGCUUCACACUGGAUCCCUCUCUGACCCAAAGAGAUCUCUGCCAGGAAUCCCUGAGCCCAGAAAGCACCCUCUUGGGCAGGGCCAUCUCCAUCCUUCCUGGGGUGGGGCAGAAGACAGC